AUGGCAGAAGGUGAGGUGGCGGAGAUAUCGCUUCUUUCCGAUAGAGAUGAAGAUGAUGAUGAAGACGUGUUUGAUGAUUCCUUGACGCAGUUAUUAAAUGCACAACAGACGCGUACCACCAAUACCAAUGUGAUACGUCAGAUACCCACUCAGAAUACAACUACAACCAUCUGCAACAAUACUACGCGUCCAGGUGCAACUGCCACAUAUACUGUGAAUGAAUCAGAGCUUAGUACGUUUGUCUAUCCGAUCAAUUACCCCAAACGGUCGUAUCAAUAUUCUGUGGUUCAAUCGGCUAUAUGGAACAACACCUUGGUGGCGCUUCCUACGGGGUUAGGGAAAACAUUCAUAGCUGCCACUAUAAUCCUCAACCACACACGAUGGUUUCCUGAUAGUACGAUUCUAUUUAUGGCCCCCACGCGACCGCUUGUAGCGCAACAGAUCAAAGCUUGUUGUGGUAUCAUGGGUAUAUCCCAAGACCGAAUAGGGAUCAUGUUGGAUAAGCUGAUCCGGAACCGGACCCCAGUGUGGACGGAUAAACAAAUCAUCUUCACCACUCCACAGAUUGUAGAGAAUGAUUUAAAUAAGAUUGACGUGUAUCGGAUCUCGUUGGUUGUGGUUGACGAAGCUCAUCGUACUCGUGGUAACUAUUCAUAUAACAAAGUAUGUUCGUUACUUAUGGACAAGUUCAACCAUUACAAGUUCAGGGUAUUGGCAUUGACGGCUACUCCUGGGUCUAAUUUGGACGACAUUCAAUCCAUUAUCGACUCUCUACGAAUCUCUCGAAUUGAGAUUAAGUCGGAAGACAGUGAGGACAUCAAGCCAUAUAUAAAACAGAAAACCUUGGAGAAAAUCCAAGUGCCGGUAUCGGAGGAGAUCAACACUUGUAUAAUGUAUCUUUGCAACGCCAUUGAACCAACGUUGAAAAUGGUUAACUCCAGAGGAAUCUAUGACAACACUAACCCCGAAAGAAUCAAUUUCUUCCAGUGUCUUGAGAUUCAGCAGUCUAUAAUAAGGAACCUGUCGAUUCCUGAAAACUUGAAAUGGUCCAAUUACUUUCUUCUCCAGUUGCUUUGUAUUGCUGGCCAAUGUCUUCGUCGUUUGAAUAUCUACGGUGUGCAUUCCUUCUAUCAAUACUUCAAUGACAAACGGAACGAGUUUCUCACCAAAUGGAACAUGAAAAAGGCUAAGAACAAGCAAGCACAUCUGUUUUAUACCCAUCCCCAAACCAUUCAAUUGAUGAAAUACGCCGAAGAGCUCGUACUGAAGCCUGGAUUCUACCCUCACCCCAAACUUGAAGUACUCGUUAAUGAAUUAAAGGCUUUCAAACAAACACAGCUGGGGAAAGUCAUAGUUUUUGCUGAAUUUAGAGAGACAGCAUUAAACAUUGUUACCCACAUUGAGAAAUUGGGGGAUUCCCUGUUACGACCCCAUAUAUUUAUUGGUCAAGCAAGAGAGAAGGAGAAGUUCUCCGAAGAAAGCUACAAGGCGAAAAUUAAACGUCUGAGGAAGACAAAGAAACCUGUGGCCAAGGCAAAGGGUAAGGGUAAAGGAAAGAAAAGAAAGCUUGAUGAUGAAGUAAUAGAAGAUGAUGAUUCUGAAGAUGGAAGUGUUCCUAAGAGUGGAGUAAGAACCUCUUCAGAAGAUGCCCAACUCAAAGGUAUGAACCAAGCACUUCAACGAGAAAUUAUCAAGAAAUUCAAAGAUGACGUUUACAAUGUUCUUGUGUGUACAUCUAUCGGUGAAGAAGGGUUGGAUAUUGGAGAGGUGGAUUUAAUUGUUUGCUAUGAUUCCACUUCUUCCCCUAUUAAGAAUAUCCAACGAAUGGGUCGUACCGGACGUAAACGAGAUGGCCGAGUGCUUCUACUCUUUUCACUGAAUGAACAGACAAAAUUCGAAAAGGCUUUAAACGACUAUUCAAACAUACAAAAGUUGAUUAUGGAAGAUCACAGAUUACAAUUACAUCCUGCUAUCAAUUUGCUUCCUAGAGGGAUAAGACCUCGAAUGGUUGACCGAGUCUUAGAGGUCCCUAAAGAGAAUAUUCAGCUUAAACUUGAAGAAGAUGACGAUGAGAUUAUCAAAAUGGCUACUCAAUAUAUGAAGGAGCAUUUAACAAAAUCGACAUCAGCCUCUUCUAAGGGCCGUCAGCGGAAGCAGAAAGAAAAAGCGCAGCCGCAGUUCUUCUUACCACAAGGAGUGGAUACUCAGUUUACUUCUGCAUCCAGCCUAAUAGCAUCAACAAACAAGCCUUUAGAACAGAAGGAAAUUCAAGGAGAACUUUCUUCAGGUAUUGACCAUUCAAUAUUGGAGCAGUUAGUUGAAUCGGACUUCUCCAGUAGCGAAAACGAAGAUGAACAACAAAGGAGUACAGAACAAGUCCAAAAAGGUGACGAUUAUGACGACAUUCUGGUAGCGAGCAGACAUAGGUCGUCUAGUGGUAUAAUGGAACAGCUUAGAAUCCAACAGGAAAACCAAGGUAUAUUUAAUCAGAUGGCUCCAGUUUACGGUGGGUCUGUUACCAAUAAAGCGACUUCCAAAAGGACUCUAGGAAUUAAGAGAACCAGAAUAGCAAGUUCAGACACUGGAGAGUCAAUUAUAGAACAAUUACAGAAACAGAGAGACAAAACCUUUAAAGACGGAAUAAUUGAAGUUGAAAUCGAUGAUGAUGAAGAAGAAGAAGACGAUAAAGACGUGUGGAACCGCGCACCUUCAUCUUCCCCGUUAAAGAUGAAGACGACCAAUAAUAAAGCACUACAUUUUUGCAGUGAAGACGAUGCCAAUGUGUUUAAUAAAAGCACGCAGGAACCAUUAACUACACCCCAUACCGAUCCCUUGGCUCAGAGUACUCAAUUGCCCCAAAUAAAGCAGUCAAAAAGUGAUAAUAAAGAUGAAGACGAAGAUUUUGAGGAUGUUUUCAACGAUGGACUCGAACGGAAGCUCGGACUUAAAAGCAGUGGUUCUAAAGAUAUUAUCUACGAAGUAGAGUCGAGUUCCAAUGCUGGUUUACUAAACGAGGAUCAACAAUUAGAGCUCUACACGGAGUACUUCUCCACAAUAGACCCUCUGGAAUACAUUAUGCCAUUUGGAGAAGGUAGCUAUUCGAAUACACGAGGUGUGGUUGGCCAUUCAAAGUAUAGUCAAAGGUUGCUAGACGUACUAAAUAAGAUUACGUAA